GGUAUUAUUCAGGUUUUCUCCCAAAAAACCAACUGCAGUGGUACUCUGGAUCCCGUCCUCGGUUGUGCAGGGCCGGCGCCGGCUCCCCCAAAUCUCCAAGCGCGAGCCGCGUCCCCCAAAUCGGCCGUCGCCGUCGCCUCCCCCUCGUCGCCGCCUCCCUCUGGCCGUCGCCGCCUCCCCCUCCUCGCCACCUCCCUCUGGCCGUCGCCGCCUCCCCCUCGUCGCCACUUCCCUCUCGGCGUCGCCGCCUCCCCCAAGUCCUCCACCCACGCCGGCCCAGCACCGCGCCGCACCGUGCCGCUCCAUCCACGGCCCGCCGGCACCACCCGCCGCGCCCGUCCCCGACAGCGACGCACCACCCACCACGGCGGCGUCUCUGGAGAGCACCGGAUCGACCCAAUCGCCUCCAAAUUGCAGGCACGACCCACCCUGCGGCUUUCUAUUCGAUUCCAUCCAGCCCAAUUCCGAUUCCAACGACCACCGUUCCUUCAUCAAUUCGGCCUUCCCCAGCCUAGCCUGCAGGCCCCCUCCGCCUGCAGGAUGGAUGAUUUCUUUAUCGAUCUCAACAAUGAAGCACAGGGUGUUGGUGUUGGAGAAGUUUCUGAAUCUUCCAUGAGUAGUUCUGCUUCCAAGGUGGGGGCAACAAGGAACAAGCAAACCAACUUCUCGGCGUAUGAAGACAACAUGCUCUGCAAAUCGUGGCUGGAAAUUAGCUGUGAUCCUAUUGUAAACACCGGCCAGAGGAAGGAAGCCUUUUGGAUUCAUGUGCUCAACAGAUACAAUUCCAAAUGCGGCAGCUAUCCAACGAGGACCCAAAAAUCCAUUAUGAGUCGUUGGGAUCACAUCAAGGCUGGAGUAAGCAAGUUCUCUGGAUACAUGGCUGAGAUGAUCCGUUCCAAUCCUAGUGGCAUGUCGGAUGCAGAUAAGUCAGUGGCUGCUGCUGCUGAUUUUGCUAGUGUGGAGAAGCACAAUUUCACUCUUAUGCACUGCUGGAAAAUCCUGAAGGAUGAGCCCAAAAGGAUGGAGCUGAAAAGGAAAAUGGACACCACUCAGAAUAGUGGUUCCAGGGAAAACAUCCCCCCAGUGUGCAGCGAGACAUUUUCGAUCUUCAUCCCGAAAAGUCCUCAUCAACUAGCCCAUCAAGAAAAUGUCCCAUGGGGAGGGACACAUCAAAACAGGCUAAGAAGAAAGCUGCUUCAGCGUCCUCUGAGUGCGUGUCCAAGAUGCAUGACCUAUCUAUUCAGAAGAUUGAGUUAUUCAAGGAAACAGAGGGUGAGCGCAAGGCCCGGCUCGAUGAAAUUGUUACUCUAGAGAAAGUGAAGGUAGAGGAAGUUCGCGAGCACUGCAAGAAGAUGCUGGACAUAGAGAGGGAAAGGUUGGCUCUGGAUAAGCAAAGGUUUCACAAGGAGGCUGAAAAGAAAGAGAAGAAAGAGGACGAGCGCAUUUUGGCCAUUAACCUUGAUCAAUGUCUACCCAUGCAAUGCGUGUACUAUCAAGCGCUACAAGAAGAUAUCAUUCAAAAGUUGAUGUCUCAACGUCGUGGACCAACUCAGUGAGGAAGUUGGUGGCAAAUCAUGUUGGUGUGCUUUGUAAUAUGGGAUCUUGUGCUAUGUAAUAUGGGAUCUUCUAAAUACAAUUGAAUAAUAGUCAGUGAGGUCUAUGUAAUCUGCUAUGUGAGAAUGCAUUUCUGAAUCAUGUCUGGAGACAUGCUGAAUCA